UCUCAGAAGCGUGCGACGCGCAGAGAAAAGAGGGGAGGAGAAAUCACUUAUAAAAGAAACCACCGCGCACCGUUUGACGUGUUGUUGUCCUGAAGUUUCGGGGUGCGUGCAUCUACUCUAUAAUCGCUUGUAUUACUUCCUUGGAGAGAAAUGGAGACCAUGUCGUCGCCUGCGACGCACGAGAAUUUUUCCCAGUAUACGCUCCUGAUGAUAUCAGGGGGUCAAACUUUACUACCUGCCUCGGGAGAAGAAAGGUGUGCGAUCAAAGUGGAACCACGGCAGACUGAUCCCGAGGUGCUGAAUAGACAGCGCCCCGGGUCACCCCAACUUUUACGCUGCGUAAAAAGAACCCAUUUGGAAAGAGUGGAUUUCGAUUUCCCCCACAAGCAACAAUUUGUCGCGUCCGUCGCGCGCAGGAACGAGCGAGAGAGAAACCGCGUGAGACAGGUCAACGCCGGCUUCCAGACUCUUCGCCAGCAUGUGCCCAACGGAGCCACCAACGGGAAGCUCAGUAAGGUGGAGACGCUCCGGUCCGCCGUGGAGUACAUCCGAGCUCUGCAGCAACUUUUGCACUCAGGCCAGUCCAUCUCGGCGGCGUUUGAUAACUUGGAGGUGGCCUCCUCGCCUUCCGUCUCCAGCGGGCUCUCGGCGGGACCCGAGUCGCCCCACUCCACCUGCUCCUCGACCUCGGAGGAUGGGACCGGCUAUGGGACUUUACGCACCGAGGAACCCGAGCUCUUAGACUUCAGCGCCUGGUUGCACAGAUUCUAAAUCGAUUCAACUCAACCCCACAUUCGGUGUUUGCCUUCUCCAAUACUUGGAUGGACUUGCAACCAAGAAGAAUCGACAUGCUGGAAACCAACAUGCCUCACAUAUUCAGUUUGAUGCCCUUGUCUGUAAAUAUGUAAAUACAUGAAUGCUUUAUUUUUUUAAAUUCAUAUAUUUUUUACUUGUUUUAUAGAUCCUAUUUCUCCUAAUGUAAAUCAUAAUAAAA